AUCAUCCGGGAGCAAAGCAGGGCACGUCUGGGCCCCUGAAGGAUCAACAGCUUUCAAGUGUCUGAUCUCGGCCAGGUUCUGUGCAGCUCUGCUGAGCAACAUCUCGGAUUGUGAUGAGACCUUUAACUACUGGGAGCCGACACACUACCUCAUUUAUGGGAAGGGGUUUCAGACCUGGGAGUACUCUCCUGCCUACGCCAUCCGCUCCUAUGCUUACCUGUGGCUCCACGCCUUGCCAGCCUGGUUCCACGCCAGGGUCCUGCAAACCAACAAGGUUCUCAUCUUCUAUUUCCUGCGAUGCUUCCUGGCCCUCCUGAGCUGUGUUUGUGAACUCUACUUCUACAAGGCUGUGUGCAAGAAGUUUGGGCUGCACGUGAGCAGGCUGAUGUUGGCCUUCCUGGUGCUCAGCACGGGCAUGUUCUGUGCUUCUGCAGCUUUCCUGCCCAGCAGUUUCUGCAUGUACACCACGGUGGUGGCCAUGACGGGCUGGUACAUGGACAGGACCUCGGUGGCAGUGCUGGGGGUGGCUGCUGGAGCCCUGCUGGGCUGGCCCUUCAGCGCAGCUCUGGGGCUUCCUAUUGCCUUUGACUUGUUGAUCCUGAAGAAGAGGUGGAAAAGUUUCCUGAACUGGUGUGUGGUGUCCUUGAUCCUGUUUUUGGUGCCCUUGGUGGUGGUGGACAGCUAUUACUAUGGCAAGCUGGUGGUGGCACCUCUCAACAUCGUUUUGUACAAUGUCUUCACCCCCCACGGGCCUGAUCUCUACGGUACAGAACCCUGGUACUUCUAUUUCAUCAAUGGCUUUCUGAAUUUCAAUGUGGUUUUUGUGCUGGCCCUGCUGGUGCUGCCUCUGACCUGUCUGAUGGAGUGUCUGCUGCAGAAAUUCUGUGUUCAGAACCUGGGCCGUCCCUACUGGCUGACCCUGGCUCCCAUGUACAUCUGGAUCCUGAUUUUCUUCAGCCAGCCCCACAAAGAAGAGAGAUUUCUGUUCCCCAUCUACCCCCUCAUCUGUCUCUCUGGUGCUGUGGCGCUCUCUGCUCUUCAGAAAUGUUACCACUUCAUCUUCCAGCGCUACCGCCUGGAGCACUACACAGUGUCCUCCAACUGGCUGGCCCUGGGGACUGUCCUCCUCUUUGGCCUUUUGUCACUCUCACGCUCUGUUGCCUUGUUCAAAGGCUACCACGGGCCCCUGGACCUGUACCCUGAAUUCCACAGGAUUGCCACUGACCCCAGCAUCCACACGGUGCCCGAGGGGAGGCCGGUCCAUGUCUGUGUGGGGAAGGAGUGGCACAGGUUCCCCAGCAGCUUCCUGCUGCCAGACAACUGGCAGCUCCAGUUCAUCCUGUCGGAAUUCCGGGGCCAGCUGCCCAAACCCUUUGCCAAGGGGCCCUUGGCCACCAGGAUCAUUCCUGCAGACAUGAACGACCAGAACAAGGAGGAGCCCUCUCGAUAUAUGGACAUCUCCAAAUGCCACUACCUGGUGGACCUGGACACAGCAGCAGAGAGCCCCAGGGAGCCCAGGUACUCCUCCCACAGAGACGAGUGGGUCACCAUUGCCUACAAGCCAUUCCUGGAUGCUUCCAGGUCCUCGCGGCUGCUGCGCGCCCAGGUGGAUUUUCAGUUCCCCUGUCAAUCUGAGAGUCGAAAAACUUCGACGUGGGUGGGGUAG